UACCAAUAGUCGAUGGUGAUGAUUAUUUUCGGUAUAUAAAAACUGUAUCAGCAACAACAACAACAUGAAAAUGGAAAUGGAAACAACUGUUGAUUUUCAAGCAUUAACAACCGAUUUAGAAACACAGGAGCUUGAAGCAGCCAAUGGAAUUCCAAGCGCAGAAGUAUAUGGGAAACUACUAGGUUGCUAUUUCCUGCAAAAUGAUUUAUGUAAUGCCAAGUUUCUGUGGAAAAGAAUCCCUGCAGCUAUAAAAACUACCAGCCCUGAGCUGUCCCACAUAUGGUUGGUGGGACAGAAGACCUGGCAGAGAGACUUCCCUGGCAUCUAUGAGGCCUUGCAGAGGGAAUGGACGGAGCCCUACAGGGAAAUCAUGGCCGCAGUACUAGAUGCGACAAGAAGGCGUGCAUUUCAUCUUGUCAGCAAAGCCUACUCCUGGAUCAAUGUUGAAGACUUCAGCACAUAUGUUGGCCUACCAGUCAACGAAGCAGUGAAAGCGGCCCAGGACAAAGGGUGGACAGCCGACCCCCACACCAGGCUGGUACAACCGGUCAAAACUGUGGCUGAGAUUGACCCAGUGUUGCCCAAUGAACAGCAGUUAUCUGUGCUGACAGACUAUGUGUCUUUCUUGGAGAGUUGAUGUCACAACACGGCCACUAGGGGACAGUACCUAAGGCUGUAAAUACCAACGGUUUUGAAGGAAUAGUAAUGGAUAAUUGAGUGCAGCACUAUGGAAUAUGCUAAACUUCUCUAGAACAAAUACAGCAGUUUCAUGUUUAAUAAUUCGAUCCUUAAAUACAUUAUAUUCGGUACUAAAAAUUCAGUUAAAGAUUGGUUUUAAAAUCAGUAGUUAUAAUUGGUAUUAAAAGGUAUGAUUGACAGUUUUUAAUAUUGUUAUUAGUGAAAUGAUUGACCAAAUUUAAUAUUGGUAUAAAAAUAAAUGAGUGACUUAAUUUUAUAUUGGUCUUAAAAUGAUUGAUUACACAUAAUAAUGAUUGCAACAGUAACUGUCAAUGUUUGGGUCAUGAUCACACAAUCCUUAAGUGAUAUUGUUGUGAUUUUGUUGUAAUAGUUUCUGGACAACCUUACUGGAUAUUUUCAAUUACAUCCGCCCUCUGAAAACCAGGCUUAAAGUGUAAAGUGUUGUCCUAGCUGAGCCUGUGCAGUGUGCUCAGACUAAUCAGGGACGACGCUUUCUGCCUAGACUUGAUUUUCAUUUAGAAGAGACUUCAAUCGUAAUAUUCCAUAAAAGCAGAAACUGUCUAACCUGAUAAGCUGGUGUUCACAUUAACCCUUUGCAUGCUGGGAAAUUUGUUGUCUGCUAAAAUGUCGUCUGCUGAAUUUCUAAAAUUAGCAUUUUCUUCAUUUUUUUUCAAAGAAUACUAUCAGUAUAGCAAACAGUUUGGAUCCUGAUGAGACGCCACGUUCUGUGGCGUCUCAUCUGGAUCCAAACUGUUUGCAAAGGCCUUCAAAAUUCGAUUCCAGCGCUGAAGGGGUUAAUAAUAAUUAAACCAAUUAUUCCAUUUAUUUAUGUUUCUAUUCAAAGAAGGAGUCAUAUAUCAGUUGGAAUGUCCGUCUGUACAAGUGUCCAGAUUUCACUAACUCCCACAGCUAUAACUUUUCCAUUCAUUGAUGGAUUUAAAAAUAACUUAGUGUAUUUGUAAACUACAAGACGACAUGUCUUUUGUAUCUCCCAUCUCCCUACCUUGAUAGUUAAGGCCACACUAAAAGGUCAAAUUUGGCUAUAAAAAAGGCUUGAAAAUCCCUGUCUCAACAAUUACUUUUGCAUUUAUUUAUUGUUUUAAAGAAACUUGACUCAAAUGGUAAUCAUCAUAAGUCGCCGUUCCUUACCUCAAAGGUCAAGGAUUUUUUUAGAUGUCAAUAGUCAAAUUUUGCCAUACAACAUAGAAGCUUUUUCUGACACUAAUUUAGUGGAUUUUUUGGUAAUAGGGUGCGUCUGUUCCCUAUGGACACUUGUAUUGUUCAUUCACUUAACUAUCGUAAUAGACAUUUAUGCAUAAAAUGCAACAUUCACAACCCUCUGUGUCAUAUUAAUGGAGUUGGAAUUGUUUUAUGUACUGAGUGAAGUAAUUUGUCAAUGCAAAUUGCUUAAUUGUUUAUAAACUUAUGUAUCAAAACUGAAUAAAAGUGCUAAUUAUGUACCUGCAAUUAAUUUUAUUAUUUAAUUUUCUGCUCAUAUUUGUUAAAAUAGUUAUUUGAUUUGCCACAUACUUUAAUUGUGUAUGGACAAAUCGACACAGAUGUAUGUUCUAACUAUUGCUUCAUAUAUAGCAUUAAUUGGGACAAUUAUUUAUACAUUGUUUGUUUGUUUGGUAAAUGUAAUAUUAUGAAUGCUAUACUGUUUUAAAACGCUACGCUGUAAAAAUGCAUACUUCCGUUAAUAAAGAAUAAAUGCAAAA